UUUUUUUUUGUUUCCCUCCUGCUUUGUUUUCUUGUUGUCUUGGCGUUGUUGUCAAAGUGGGGUGUUUUUUUUUUCCCUUUACUUUGACUUGAACCAACCACACAACAAACACAAUGCAACGCCUGCUGCCAGUCACUGGGUGGUCUGCAACACGCGCUGCGUCCUUGCUGAGCGCUUGCUCGACCAUUGCGCUGCGUCGCCGCGCUGCCAACCCGGCAAUGUCGUUCAGCACUGCUGCCCAGGCACCGGCCAACAAGCAAUCGUCGGGCCAGUGGACACGCGUGGGCACUGCCGUGGCUGUCAUGCUGGGCAUUGCGACGCUGCUGCAAGGGACCAAGGCGCAGGACCGACUGGCGCUGCUCGAGCAGUGGGCGGAGGAUCAGCUCCGCUCAGUGGUGUGCACGCUCGGGUUGUACCAAGCGCAGCUUGGAAAGCGACCCGUGCUGCUGCCUGUGAUUGAGCACCUGGAACGCGAGCGCGAGGCUCAGCGCAAGGCGACGAUUGUGGGCAAGCUGCCGUCCGACCCCGAGCACAUGGAAGCCAUCUUCCGCGCGCACUCACCAACCCUAACGCGGAUUCACGAGUAUCUGGCCGAAACAGAGCAGUCUCACGAAGCACCGAUCGUCCGGCGGCUGCGGGACGUGCUUCAACGACAAGAACAGCAACAACUGAGCUCUUCUUCUGCUGCUGGGUCGAGCUCGUCGUCGUCGUCGUCGUCGUCAUGGUGGUCUUCUUCCAGCUCACACUCAAAACAGCAGCAAGCACAAGGCCAGCACGACGACCCGGCCAUCCCGCUGUCGGUCGUCCUCGCUGGGCUGCGUCAGGUUGUUGCCGAGCUCGAAACCGAGGCACUCGACCUCGCUCUCCCGCUCAGACUCUGGCCACAAGCGCCGAGCAGCUUGCAAAACCCCGAUUUGUGGAAGGACUACAUGACAGAGAUGGAGCGCAAGGCCGAUCUACUCACCAACCGCAGCAUUGGCGAGGCACGGCUGUCGAUCGACUUCCAGUACGACAAGCAGCCUGCAGUAGCUCCUCACGCGCCCACCUCCGCCGCAUCCUCCAGCGCAACUGCAGUAGAUGCUGAAUCAUCCAAGCCCUCAUCAUCUGGCACGCUUGUUGCUUAAUAAAAAUACUCCCCUAG